GCCGGGCACCUUGUGAGAAGACCCUGGGGAAAGAGGCGUGAGAGGACGUCAGUCCACAGGCCACGGAGCUGACGAGAAGAGACAAGAGGAGGCUCUGUGUGGAGAGACACAGAGACGCCGGUGCGCCGGGCACUGCCUCCGUGUGUGUGUGUGGUGUGUUUAUCCGCGCGCGCCUAGCGUUGCUGCCUCCUUUCCCGCCCCGUCGGUCCUGGGGGCUCGAGCCCAGUUCCCGCCGGGCAGUGUAAUUAAGCUGUUCUUGGAAACACCCUUUGGCUCCUGAGGUGGGGCUCGCCCUCGGCUGAAAGGGACGCUUUCAACUCUUCCCUCACGGCCCGCCGCGCGCCUGGGGACGGCCGGCUGUAGCCAAGCGCAAAGGCAGAGCCGAGCGGACGGACGCCCCGCGCCGCGCACGCACUUCGUGGCCAAAGUCACCAGCCUUUUUUUGAGCUUGCGGGGGCGGCGUUGGCGGCAUCCCCAUCCUCUUCUUUGGGACGUGAAGAAGAUUCUUGGACGACAAAAGAUGAAGAGUUUACUUUUUCUGGUGCUGAUUUCUUUCUGCCGGGCUGACCAUCACGCUGCCAACUUCACACUUGAGCAUGACAGAAUUAUUCACCUCCAUGAAAAUGGACCUCGCCUUCUUGUGGAAGCAGAACAGUCUAAAGUCUUCUCACACCGGGGUGGCAAUGUUACACUGCCUUGUAAAUUUUACCGUGAUCAUGCAUCAUUUGACUCAGGCACCAAUAAAAUCCGGGUCAAGUGGACCAAACUCACCUCAGAUUACCUCAAGGAAGUGGAUGUCCAUGUUGAAAUGGGAUACCACAAAAAGACCUACGGAAAUUACCAAGGAAGGGUGUUCUUAAAGAAAACUACUGAAAAUGAUGUCUCCCUUGUAAUCACAAAUAUAAUGCUGGAGGAUUAUGGAAAAUACAAGUGUGAAGUGAUAGAAGGUUUAGAAGAUGACACUGCCAUUGUAUCGCUAAAUUUAGAAGGCAUCGUAUUUCCUUACUUUCCACGGCUGGGUCGCUACAAUUUAAAUUUCUAUGAAGCUCAGCAAGCCUGUCUGGACCAAGACGCUGUUGUAGCUUCAUUUGACCAGCUCUAUGAAGCAUGGAGGUUAGGUCUGGACUGGUGCAAUGCUGGUUGGCUCAGCGAUGGAACGGUGCAGUACCCAAUCACCAAACCAAGAGAGCCUUGUGGUGGGAAGAACAUGGUGCCUGGAGUCCGGAGUUACGGCUUCUCAAAUAAAGAUCACAGCAGAUAUGAUGUCUUCUGUUUUACAUCCAGAUUUAAUGGUCGUUUUUACUACCUGAUACAUCCUGUCAAGCUGACCUACGAUGAAGCUGUGGAAGCCUGCCUCAAAGAUGGUGCACAGAUUGCCAAAGUAGGCCAAAUGUUUGCAGCCUGGAAACUCCUAGGAUAUGACCGCUGUGAUGCCGGCUGGCUGGCUGAUGGCAGCGUCCGGUAUCCCAUCUCCAGGCCAAGGAAACGCUGCAGUCCCACUGAAGCAGCAGUACGUUUUGUGGGCUUUCCAGAUAAAAAGCACAAGCUCUACGGUGUCUACUGCUUCAGGUCAUACCAGUGAAUGUAACUCUAGAGCACAAGAGUAUCUGAUCCAUCAAGAACAUGUGAAGGGUUUUGUUCCAGUCUGAACUCAUGCAAUUUACCAAAACUGUGAUAAAUCUUUUUUACUUACUGUAAAGAGUCAUUUUCAUAAAAAAACAACCCUUUAAUUUGUUUUGGUUAAUUUUUUUAAAAAAAACAACACCAUUCAACAGAUAUUUUAAAUUAAUAUAAUUUAAAGGAACCUCUAGGUAAGGAAGUGCUUGAAGUGUAACUUUUUAAGCUACAUCAUUCUGACAAAAUAUUUUUCUUCAUGAAUGGGGCAUGCAAUAGCUUGAUGAUUGCUAAGACUAACUUAAGAAUGUAAAGCUACUCAAAGCAAAAACCUUGUUUCCAAGGAUAAUAGUUUACAUACUUGCAUCUUGUUAAAAUGGACCAGAGAAUAAUGGCUGAGAUCUCCAGAUCUGAGCUAUAUUGAUUUUUUUAAAACUGCCAAUUCCUUGUCAUUUUGUAAGCAGUUAAAAACAAAGUUAUGAAGGCAGUUUAAAACAACAGUGUGUUAUAGUUUACAACAUGAGAAUCAUUUCACUAUUUAAAAUCAUGCCUUUCAGCAAAACCUGCUCAGUAAUCUCAUAACAUUCCAACAAGCAUCAUCAAAUCUUCCAAGUAUCAUUCCUGGUUUUAUUGUGUAUGCAGUAGGAUGUGUGUAUGAAUUAUUAAAGCGUGGACCCUACUUUCUUUGAGUUCUUUAAUUCAAACUAACUAUGCCUGAAAUGUAUUGCAUUACUUUGAGUAGCUUUAUGGAGGUGUUUUGAGUCUUGUUUUUUUUAAUAAUUCCUAAAGGCCAUUUUGCUAAGCAGCAUUUAGCAUCUACUCAGGGCAGUUAUAUAUAGAGGAACUGCUGGACAGAAACACACAAAUGUAUUAAGUAUAGCAGCUUGAUUUCAUGAUAGCUUUUAAAAUACUAUUGUCUUUAUAAAUGAAACAUUUAAAUAUUUAAUAUUUCUUUCUUAGUUAUUCAUGUGAGAGAUAAAUGUCUGAUGAAUCUUGAAACAUAUUAUCUACUCUGUGAUUAAAAGUGACCCUAUUUAGGAAAGGGUGAAAUAUCGCUGUAUUCACUGCCCCUAAUCCAGUGAUCCAGAUACACUCCCAUUUUCACUCACUCUUCAUUUCCCAUUCAUUUUAAUGGAGACAGCAUCUCCAUGCAUACAUCCCUUUGUGCCUAUAGAUUUUCCUCUCUCCUCUAAUGAAUGAGGAAGCUCUUGUAAACAAAGGAGCUCUUUGCAUAUACUAGUUCCAUGCCCAAAAGCAUUCUCCACAUCUGGAAGAGGAUGAUCAGCAGCACCAACUAUCUUGACUCUUUGACUGUUGGAAUUCUGGAAUAUUUUCCCCAAGUUGUGAGCUGUAAUAUACAACAAUUCAGAGUCCUGCACAGUAAAAAAAAUACCUUUUAUAUGAUAUUCUGGAUGGUAAAUAAAAAGAGUAAUAUAUGGUGACAUAAUGAACAGAGCUACUUUGAUAUCUCAAAAAUAGUUCUGAGUAAGUCUUGUUUAAAUUAAUUGAAGAAAUCAGUCAUGAAGAAUUUUUUCUCAUGCAACAUGAUUUU